ACCCUUCGGAAAGCGAGAGCGAGGAGGAAGGAGAAAAAAAAAAGCCCCCCCAGUGCAAGGGAGAGAGAGAGCGAGCGAGGGAGGGGAAAGGAAAAAAAAAAAAAGGAGAGGGGGAAGCGGGGGGUGGGGGGAGAAAAAGGAGGAAGCGGUGCCGGGCUGCAAGCGAGCGCGGAGCGGCAGCCCCGGCGCAGAGCAAGGUGCCGCCGCUGCCCCAGCUGUCGAGGGCGGAGAGGCGCCGGCGAAAUCCCGGUCACAGCGGCUCCAGCCCGGCAGCGCGGCGGUUCCCUCCCGGCGCUUGGGCUCCCGGGUGUAUGUGUGCGCCUGGCCAUGUCGUAUCCUCAGGGUUACUUGUACCAGCCGUCAGCGUCCUUGGCUCUCUAUUCAUGCCCGGCGUACAGCACCAGCGUGAUCUCCGGACCCAGGACCGAUGAACUAGGGAGAUCUUCUUCGGGCUCCGCUUUUUCCCCUUAUGCCGGAUCUACCGCCUUUACCGCCCCUUCACCGGGUUACAACUCCCACCUCCAGUACGGCACCGACCCGGCCGCUGCUGCCGCCGCCGCCUUCACUUCCUACGUGGGCUCGCCCUACGACCACACGCCAGGCAUGGCCGGCUCCCUGGGGUACCAUCCGUACGCGGCGCCGCUUGGCUCCUACCCUUACGGGGAUCCCGCUUACCGCAAGAACGCGACGCGGGACGCCACGGCUACCCUCAAGGCCUGGCUCAACGAGCACCGGAAAAACCCCUACCCCACCAAGGGCGAGAAGAUCAUGCUGGCUAUCAUCACCAAAAUGACCCUCACCCAGGUCUCCACCUGGUUCGCCAACGCACGGCGGAGGCUCAAAAAGGAGAACAAAAUGACCUGGACCCCUCGGAACCGCAGCGAGGACGAGGAGGAAGAGGAGAAUAUCGACCUGGAGAAGAACGACGAGGACGAGCCCCAGAAACUAGAGGACAAGGGGGACCCAGGGACGCCAGACACAGGAGCGGCAGAUCCCAAAGCAGCGCCGGGCUGCGAGCGCCUCCAGGAGUCCCCCGGCCCUCGGGAGGCCGAGGGCGGCCUCAGCGACUCAGAUUGCAAAGAGCCGGCGGAGGAGCGGCUCGACGGGCCGCCCGCCCCCUCCAAGGCGCCCGGUGCUUCACCACUAGGGCCGUGCCCGGUGAGUCGCGGGCCGCCACCGGCGGGCGGCGAGGAGCCCCCGCCGUACUGCCCGCCCUCCGCCACCUCCGGGCCGCCGCACGCCGCUGACCUCCACCCGCUGCUGCCCGCCGGCGCCUCCGUCAUCCACUCGCCUCAGCAGGCGGCCCUCGCCAAGCCCAAGCUCUGGUCCCUGGCCGAGAUCGCCACCUCGGCGGACAAGGCGAAGGAGAAUGGUGGUGAGCCGGUUCCCCCCGGCCCCGCCGUGCUGUGCGGCGGCGGUCCCUCGCGCUCUCCGCCGCGGCCGCGCUCGCCGGCAGCGCAGUGCCCGUUCCCCAAUGGGGCGGUCCUGCCGCGGCCGCUCUACUACACGGCUCCCUUCUACCCCGGUUACACGAACUACGGCUCUUUCGGGGCCCUGCACGGGCACCCUGCCGGCGGCCCAGCAGCUGCUGCCCCCGGCGCCCAUUUCAAUGGAUUAAACCAGACUGUCCUCAGCAGAGCAGAGAGCCUAGCUAAAGACACUAAAAUGAUCAGGAGCCAGUCCCAGGUAGACCUUUGCAAAGACUCACCUUACGAACUGAAGAAAGGUAUGUCCAACAUUUAAUAUCGGCUUCUUCUCCUUACCCCCUCCUGGGACUGCGGUUUUGUUGUUUUUUUUUUUUUUCUUUUUUUUAUUUAUUGAGAGAAAUAAUAAAUUGCUUUGGCAGUUAUUUUUCCACUACCAAAAGAAAACAAACAGAAAAAGACCAGCUCCCCCUUUCCCUUCCUCCCAGCACCCCUCCAAAAGUUUAUAGAUUUUAUUGAAAAUGGCUGGGUGGAAACUGCCCAGAAAUGUCUUAACCAAGUGAAAAUCAAGAGAGUGACAUGCUCUCUCACACACACAAAGAAGAAAGAUUUGUAUUAAAUCUUAUUCUGUAUAUUUAAUGUAGCUUUCUUUUUUAUUAUUUAAAUUGAUAAUACAGUAUCUUUGAAGUAAAUUAUGAAAUCAAAACACCUGUACAGGCAUUUAUGUUGUUUUCGUAAUAUAAAUAUAUACAUUUCUGUGUCUUUUUCCGAAUUGUUUCAUAGUUUAAAAAUAUAUAUAUACAAGUUUAA